AUGGAUAUGAUGACAAUAGGCACGGCCGCAUUCACGGCCGCCACAGCAUCCGGGUCGGACCUGCACUCCAACCUCAGCUCGGCCUUUGCGGGGACAUCGUCGUCGUCGCUGGGCUCGCUCACGGACUACUCCAACUACCCCCUGGCUCGACAGGGUGACCGCACCUAUCUCCGCGACCCGGAAAACCUCUACCCUCUCCCCUGCGACCUACCCGAGAUCCACCGCCAGAGCCUGCGCACGUUGAUGCUGCUGCGCGUCCUCGGCGGCCCGUUUUGCAACCCCCACCUAGCCAAUCGCCCGCCGAAACGCGUGCUGGAGAUCGCCUGCGGGUCCGGGCUGUGGUCUGGGCUCUGUCACGACCAUUUUGCCCGGCGCGGAAAUCCGAAUGUCGGCUUUGUCGGCAUCGACAUCGUGUCCAUUGCGCCGGAUCUGCGCCGCCAGGGCAUGAGCUGGCAGUUCAAGCGCCAUGACCUGCGCCGACCGCGGCUGCCCUUCCCGGACGACUAUUUUGAUUUUGUCUUUAUCAAAGAUGCUGGCAUGUGCCCCGCCAGCCCCGCGCAGCAGGCCUCGGGCCUGAGCGAGCCCCUGCGCGUGCUGAAAUCUGGUGGCAUCUUGGAGGUGUGGGAUUCCGACUGGGUCUUUCGCUCGCUGCUGCCCAACCCCGCCCCGGCCCGCAGAUCCACCUCGAAAGAGCAGGAGAUCGCCGAUGCCACGGCUACCUACACCUUUUCCUCCGCCACGCCCUUCACAAGGGUCCAGAACAAAUUCCUGGUCGACUACAACUCCUGGGUCGAGAAGUCGUUCGACCGACGCAGACUCACGGCGUUACCGUGCGCCACCAUCGGCCUCUCGUUCAAUUCCGAAGUGGACCUGCUGGAAGAAGUCGAAAGUCGCCGCGUCGCGAUUCCCCUCGGGGACGUGCGCUGGGAACGAGAAGGUCACAGCAAGGACUCCAAUGGUCGUCCCCGCAAAGCAUUAACUGCCGAGCAAAUCUCCAUCCGGCGCACGGCUCUUCUCACCGUGAUCCAAAUGAUCGAAGGACUUGAGCCGAUGCUCAUGGAAGCUAGCGGGAAGGGUCGGGACGAGUGGGACCGAUGGUGGGCAGCCAUGACCAACGACCUCUUCCUCAAAGGCGGACUCGCCGGGGGCGAGUGUCUUGAAGUGAGUGCAUGGUGGGGACGAAAGCGAUGA